CUUCCGGGCCCGGACGCCAUUUUCAGCGGUUGAUUUUUUUGCUUAGACUCCAGUGGUCGUCCGGGACAAUGAGCUACGACUACCACCAGAGCUGGAGCCGCGACGCGGGGCCGCGGGGCUCCGGCCCGGGCUCUGGCGGCGGCGGCGGAGGGAACCGGGGCCCGGGCGGCGGCGGAGGAGGCGGAGGUGGCCGCGGGGGUCGGGGACGGCAUCCCGGACACCUGAAGGGUCGCGAGAUCGGCCUCUGGUACGCCAGGAAACAGACGCAGAAGAACAAGGAGGCCGAGAGGCAGGAGAGAGCUGUGGUACACAUGGAUGAACGACGAGAAGAGCAAAUUGUGCAGCUGUUGAAUUCUGUCCAAGCUAAGAAUGAUAAAGAUUCAGAAGCACAGAUAUCCUGGUUUGCUCCUGAGGAUCAUGGGUAUGGUACUGAAGUGUCUUCGGAGAAAAAAAAUAACUCAGAGAAGAAAUUAGACAACCAGGAAAAGAAAUCGCUGAACCAAGAAAAAAAGACUUUUAGGAUCACAGACAAAUCAUACAUUGACCGAGAUUCUGAGUACUUACUGCAAGAAAAUGAACCAAAUGGAGGCUUAGACCAGCAAUUAUUAGAAGAUUUACAAAAGAAAAAAUCUGACCCUCGGUAUAUAGAGAUGCAGCAUUUCAGAAAAAAGCUGCCUUCAUAUGGAAUGCAAAAGGAACUGGUAAAUUUAAUCAAUAGCCAUCAGGUAACAGUAAUAAGUGGUGAAACCGGCUGUGGCAAAACCACUCAGGUUACCCAGUUCAUCUUGGAUGACUACAUUGAAAGAGGAAAAGGGUCUGCCUGCAGAAUAGUGUGUACUCAGCCGAGAAGAAUUAGUGCCAUUUCAGUUGCUGAGCGAGUAGCUGCAGAAAGGGCAGAGUCUUGCGGCAAUGGUAAUAGUACUGGAUACCAGAUUCGUCUCCAAAGUCGGUUGCCAAGGAAACAAGGUUCUAUCUUAUACUGCACAACAGGAAUCAUUCUUCAGUGGCUCCAGUCAGACCCGCAUUUGUCCAGUGUUAGCCAUAUUGUACUUGAUGAAAUUCAUGAACGGAAUCUACAGUCAGAUGUUCUAAUGACUGUCAUUAAAGAUCUUCUCAAUUUUCGAUCCGACCUGAAAGUAAUAUUGAUGAGUGCAACACUGAAUGCUGAGAAAUUUUCAGAAUAUUUUGGUAACUGUCCGAUGAUACAUAUACCUGGUUUUACUUUUCCAGUUGUGGAAUAUCUUUUGGAAGAUAUCAUUGAAAAAAUAAGAUAUGUUCCAGAACAAAAAGAACAUAGAUCCCAGUUCAAGAGGGGUUUCAUGCAGGGCCAUGUAAAUAGACAAGAAAAGGAGGAAAAAGAAGCAAUCUAUAAAGAACGCUGGCCAGCGUACAUAAAGGAGCUGCGAACAAGAUACUCUGCAAGUACCGUAGAUGUUUUGGAAAGGAUGGAUGAUGAUAAAGUUGAUCUGAAUUUGAUUGCUGCCCUUAUUCGAUACAUUGUUUUGGAAGAAGAGGAUGGUGCGAUACUGGUCUUUCUACCAGGCUGGGACAAUAUCAGCACUUUACAUGAUCUCUUGAUGUCACAAGUGAUGUUUAAAUCAGAUAAAUUUCUUAUUAUACCUUUACAUUCAUUGAUGCCUACAGUAAACCAGACACAGGUAUUUAAAAAAACUCCCCCUGGCGUUCGGAAAAUAGUAAUUGCUACCAACAUUGCAGAGACUAGCAUCACCAUAGAUGAUGUGGUUUAUGUAAUAGAUGGAGGAAAAAUUAAAGAGACACACUUUGACACACAGAACAACAUCAGUACCAUGUCUGCUGAGUGGGUUAGUAAAGCUAAUGCCAAACAGAGGAAAGGAAGAGCAGGAAGGGUUCAGCCCGGUCAUUGUUAUCAUCUGUAUAAUGGUCUUAGAGCAAGUCUUCUAGAUGACUACCAGCUACCAGAGAUUUUGAGAACUCCUUUGGAAGAACUUUGUUUGCAAAUAAAGAUUUUAAGGCUAGGUGGAAUUGCGUAUUUUCUGAGUAGGUUAAUGGAUCCACCAUCAAAUGAAGCAGUAUUGCUCUCCAUAAAACACCUAAUGGAACUGAGCGCUUUGGAUAAGCAAGAAGAGUUAACACCUCUUGGCGUCCAUUUAGCCCGAUUACCUGUUGAGCCACAUAUUGGAAAAAUGAUUCUUUUUGGAGCUUUAUUCUGUUGCUUAGAUCCAGUCCUCACUAUUGCUGCUAGUCUCAGCUUUAAAGACCCCUUCGUCAUUCCAUUGGGAAAAGAAAAGAUUGCCGAUGCAAGAAGAAAGGAGCUGGCAAAGGAGACUAGAAGUGAUCACCUGACAGUUGUGAAUGCAUUUGAGGGUUGGGAAGAAGCUAAGCGACGUGGUUUCAGAUACGAAAAAGACUACUGCUGGGAAUAUUUUCUGUCUUCAAACACGCUGCAGGAAGUGUCUGCAGUGUUAAUGACUGUGAAGAUAACUGAGAUGCUGCACAACAUGAAGGGACAGUUUGCUGAGCAUCUUCUUGGAGCUGGAUUUGUAAGCAGUAGAAGUCCCAAAGAUCCUAAAGCUAAUAUAAAUUCAGGUAAUGAGAAGAUAAUUAAAGCUGUCAUCUGUGCCGGUUUAUAUCCCAAAGUUGCUAAAAUCCGACUAAAUUUGGGUAAAAAAAGAAAAAUGGUAAAAGUUCACACAAAGUCUGAUGGUCUGGUUUCCAUUCACCCUAAGUCUGUCAAUGUGGAGCAGACAGACUUUCACUAUAACUGGCUUAUCUAUCACCUGAAGAUGAGGACAAGCAGUAUUUACUUGUACGACUGUACAGAAGUUUCACCAUACUGCCUGCUAUUCUUUGGGGGAGAUAUUUCCAUCCAGAAAGACAAUGGUCAGGAAGUCAUUGCUGUAGAUGAAUGGAUUGUGUUUCAGUCUCCAGAAAGAAUUGCCCACCUUGUGAAGGGGCUAAGAAAGGAACUGGAUACCCUUCUGCAAGAGAAGAUUGAACACCCUCACCCUGUAGACUGGGACGACACUAAGUCCAGAGACUGUGCAGUACUGUCAGCUAUUCUAGACUUGAUCAAAACCCAGGAAAAGGCCAUUCCAAGGAACUUGACACCACGGUCACAGGAGGGCUAUUACAGCUGACAGCUUUCUGUGAAGGCCUGAAACUCACCUGAUGUCCAUGGUUCUCUCUCUCUUUUUCUUUUUUUAGGUUUUGGGAAAGUUCCAAGCCUUGGGUUAUGAAUCACUUUUGCGUGUAAGAUAGAAACUUUCAGUGGGUAGUAAAGAGUUAAUGUGCAUGAGUAAACAGUGUCAUCUAGCUCCUGUAAAGACACUGGGAAAAGCUGUAUGCUCUCUGAUCAUAUACUCUAUUGUAGAUAUGUCCACACUUGGGAGAAUUCGUCUUCCGUAUAUUAAGUGUUGUAACAUUGAGAAAUUCCUUUAUGCCAUUAUGUAAAAUUAAUUUUCUGUCCAUAGUGACUGCCUAGAGACAGUAAAAGUAGUAUGUUUGGCCAAGAAACAGAAUGUAGUUAAGAAUUUGAAUACAGCCACUUUUUUUAAAUCAACUUCUAUUACAAGUAAGUUUGAUGUAAUAAAGCCCAGUAUUUAAUAAAAUGUACAAUGUGUAAAUCUCA